AUGACAGUGUUUCUCAUUUGUCCAAUGUAUUUCGGGGGAUACAACGAAUCACUAAUGGCGCUCAAUGCUAAGUUUAACAUCCCAGCCUGCCGUGGAGUAGCGGACUGGACUGUCAAUCCUCCCGUCUUGCUCUUCAACUUCUCAAUCUCUCAGGAGGCGCUCAUCCUUUGUGGCAACAACAUGAAUAUUUCAAGUCAAGUGGGAUCAGGGAUAUUCUCCGACUUCUCCCAAAUCCAGUCCGUUAAUGUCUCUGGAUUAAUCAAUUCCUGGGAUCCCAGCACCAGCACUAUCUCUUACAGGCAGCAACUGAUGUACCAGUUUUCAUGUCUGUAUCCACUGCAGUAUUUAGUCAACAACACUGAGCUCAGCGUAUCAGGAGUGAGUAUAGCAGUAAAGGACAACAAUGGCACCUUCGUCAGUACUCUAAGCAUGGCUCUUUUCAGUGUAAGGAACUAUACAACCAUACUCCAGAUACCAGGAUCUGGGCUGCAGUUGAAAACUCGCAUAUAUGUGCAGGUCAAGGCAACAAAUCUCACAAACAAGUGUCAAUUUUGUUUGCUGGACCGUUGCUAUGCCACAACAAGCCCAUAUCCAAACCCUCAGCACCUCUUACGAUCUUUUUUUAUUGGGUGUAAUCGUGAUGCCCAGACAAAGAUUGAUCGGAAUGGGGUAACCCAGGAAGCUCUCUUCUCCUUUGAGGCCUUCCGCUUUGUGGAACACAAAAAUCUUUCCGUCUCCACUUUCUAUCUGCACUGUGCUACACGACUCUGUGAGAACUCCACUUGUGCCUCCUUGCUUCCGAGAUGCGUUAGGAAAAGAGAAGUAGAGUCUCCGGUGUACAACUCUUCUGAUGUUGCCACUGUCUCCUCAGGACCAAUCAGAACUCAAGUUGACAACGGUGGCCUUAAGUCCGCUAGAUUAACCUCAUCAGCAUCCGUCCCUCAGCUGACGUAUGUUGGUGUAGCCGCUGGCUUGCUGAGCUUCUUUCUGUUUGACUGGUUGUCUACAUCAGGACUUGCGCAGUGAUCGACAUCAGGAUUCGGGAAUUCCUUAUAACUUGACUGAAAACAAUGUUUCUUAGAAGAUAUCUCACCUGUUACAUAUAUGUGAGAAAAUAUAUUAUGUGUCAGUUAUU